AGGGACAAAUAUUGGGCCAGACUUUUUGUAAUACACAACGAGUGCGUCGCCCAUCGAGAUCGUUUCCUGCCAUUUCAUUAAGCGAGGAAUGUUUUGUUGGUGAAGUUUGUACUACUAACACACAAUUUGAUUUCCGGUUUUGAGGCUUCAAGUUUUUAUUAAUCCAAUAUCCAAAUUGAAUAUAGAUUACGCCAUUUUAACACUAUGCUAGUUUGAGCGGUCAAUUUCAUUUAGGUCCUAACUUAUAUUUUGAAUUGCAAAAACCGGAAGCGAUUACGUUGUCUGUGUGGCGAUGCUGACGUUUGAAAGCUAGCCUUUUAGCUAAGGCUAAACACUGGACAGCUGCUUUCAGUCUGUUUCCACUUCCUCUACGUAGCCCCAUGCACAGAUGCUAAAAUACGUUUAGCCAUGUCCGGACAAGAUGUAGUUUGAAUGCCAUUUAACUGACACCCUCGCCCCUGCCACGUUACGCAAAAAAGCAAAAUUACAGAGCUGUGACCCAACCGGAGGACCAAAUGUAGUGCUCGUGUGAAGCUGAUUCAAGUCACGAUGAAUUGACAGGCGAUCUACAAAUUUGUGCAAAGAAAUAAUGACUGCAUUCAACUGUUGCCCUGUCCUGUGACACCAAUGGGAACCUGAGGGUUGAGGUCUUUCAAACAGUCCCUUGUAGCCAUGCGGAUCACUUUAUGCCAAGGUGUGUUAACUGGGGCCAUCAUCCUCAACCUCCUUAUCCUUUACUAUGUGUCUCGGGCACAGCAGCAAAUGAUGGAGAAGAGGAAGGAACAUGGCAGGGCCACCAGGAAAGCUGCUUUACCCGCCUCCGCUCUGGGGGGAGGCAUAGCCGGAUUACUCGGGCCGAGAGGUGAGCCCGGACUUGCCGGCGUGUCAAAUAAUAAUCGUAGCCCACGCGUGACUGUGCUCCUCCGCGAGUUUGAAAACUUUGAGAAUUACGUCGGGGAUGUCGCUAAUUCCUUCCUGAGACAAAGACCUGAGCUUCCCUUCCUGGUUGUGGCUGACACGCCUCCGUACCCGCCUCUGGAGCUUCCCGAUGGCUGCCGCAUGCUGGUGCUCUCCCCAAGCCCAGACCAGCCACCGCAAGCACACAGGCCUGAGUUUCACGUCCAGACGGACUUUGUGCUUCUCGUACCGGACGGUGUAGAGUUGGAGCCAUCUCGAGCUAUUGAGAGGCUGAUUAAAGAGCUGGAAGGUGAGGGCGGUGGUCCUGUGAGGCUGGUGGCUUCACCCGUUCUGGCUCGAUCCGCCGUGCAGUGUCUCCACCUGAGGGUGAACCUCCGCGAGUGGACCGCCACUUAUUCUACCGCCGCGUCUGGGAGCAGUGGCAGCGUUUGUACGGCCUUGCAUGGCGAUGCCGUGGUGCUCAUCCGCACGGAGGAUCUCUUUAAUCUCUCGGUGCCGCUCGGCCGGCCCCUCUUCCCCUCGCUCUUCAUCCAGACCACUUUGAGGGGCUGGAAGGUGAAGCUUCUGGAGAGCCCGUGUUUUUCAGCCAACCACCGGCCCCUCUUCAGCUCAGCUCACAACCAGUGGAAAGCGGACACUCGCCUGAAGGAGUCCACGGGCAAGCUGAUGAGGAGCUUCGGUCUGAAGCGUCUCCUGUUGCCAGAUGGGAAGGAGCAGUGGCAUGGCUGCAGCAAGGAGACACCCCGCUGCUUCGGCACGGUGAAGGACGACACGCCGGACUACCUCUAUCUGGAUCGUUGGACGCCUCCGUGCUGCCUGCGCGCACUUCGAGAAACCACCAAAUACGUCAUCAACAUUCUGGAGAGCUCUGGAGUGCGCUACUGGCUCGAAGGCGGGACUUUGCUAGGCGCCGUCCGCCACCAGGACAUCAUCCCGUGGGAUUACGACGUGGACCUGGGAAUCUACCUCGAGGACGUGCCCAACUGCGAUCACUUGAAGAACCUGGAUUCUGGCUCGCUGGUGGACGCCAAUGGCUACGUGUGGGAACGUGCGGUGGAGGGCGACUUCUACAGGGUGCAGUACAGCGAGGCCAACCACCUGCACGUGGACCUGUGGCCUUUCUACCCGCGUAAUGGCGUCAUGACCAAAGAUACGUGGACCGAGCACAAGCAGGACAUGGAGUUUCCUGAGCACUUCCUGCAGCCGCUUGUGCCCAUGCCCUUUGCGGGCAUCAAUGCCUACGGUCCGAAUAACCACCGCGCCUUCUUGGAGCUCAAGUUCGGAGAAGGGGUUGUCGAGAACCCCCAGUACCCAAACCCUGCCAAGAAAAGGCUGGACCGGGCCAAAUUAUGAAAGCAUAUUUGUAUGUUUGGCAUGGCUCAUCGGUAGAGUGGUCGUCUCCCAACCCCGAGGUUGGGGGUUCAAUACCCAGCCAUUGUGACGUUGUCGACGUGUCCUUGAGCAAGGUACUGAACCCCCAGUUGCUCCUGAUGUUGCGUCAUCAGUAGGUAAACAGGAAGUGUUUUGAGUACCUAAGGUAGAAGAGUGCUAUGUAAGUGACAGCCCAGGCCAUUUAAAAGGUAGUAGAUAGACACUCUUAGGUGCCAAGCUUCAGGCCACUUGACACACGUUUCAUACCUUUGGGAUGUUCUGAGAAUGGUCAAGUUUGGUACUGGUCGGUUACGGACACAUACAGAAUAGAUACACGAACAAAGGGAGACAGACGAAUGUCCAAUUUUCUCACCAUUUUUUUUUUUCAGUUUGUUAAAAGGGAUGAUAUAAUGAAUAAGAACUUAUUUUUUGGUCCCUUAAUGUUUACAACAAGGAUGUGAAUUACAGACAUUUGACUGUUUUACAAUAUUUUGUCAACCAGUAUUUGUUCAUCUUUACAACAGAG